AUGAAGCAAAGAAUUGUGAUCAAGGUGCAGAUGACCUGUGACAAGUGCCGAAAAAAUGCUCUGGCUCUAGCUGGCUCGACAUAUGGAGUGCAAUCCGUGGGGAUCGAGGGGGAGGAGCAGGACCAGCUCGUGGUGGUCGGCGACGGUGUGGACGCCACCAGCCUGACGAGCUGCCUGCGGAAGAAGGUGAAGGUGGGCAGGGCGGACAUCGUGAAGGUGGAGGCGGUCGUCGACGAGGCGGCGAAGACGAAGCCAGCGGCCGAGACGGCCGCCAGCAGUACCGAUCCUAAUCCCGUGGCCGGGUGGCCGCCGCAGUGGUACCACUACCAUUCCGGCUACUACUGCCCAGAAGGGCCGGGCGUCGUCCACCCGUACAACGGCCACUGCUACCCCGUCGAAGACCCUUGCGCCGACGAGGAUCCGUGGUGCGCCAUCAUGUAG